UUGCUAAUGAACUUGGAGAUCUAAGAAUGUCUGAUGGUUUGAACUAUGAGAACCAAAUUGCUGUUGGAUUCUUUCAGAGGGCCUGGCAAAGCAUGUGGAUUCUUUUACAAAGAUGUUGUCCUUGUUACAACUCAAAGAGAGGACUCAUUUUGUACUAGCCCCAGUACUGGUGGAUGAUUCAUCUGAUGUCAACUCAUUGAGGUAUUUGGAAUCAUUCUUUGAGUGCACUGAGAAUGAUUUUGAUGCUGUUCUAGCUGAGAUAGAGAAGGAAAUUAGCAUGGUAAAUAUUGAUGUUUCUGUCUUAUUGCAAGACGUUCUACGAAUGAUUGUGCCAACCAUUGAUCCUUGAAUUGGAAGCAACGAGCAUGUUUAGGUCUUGUGUGGGUAAUCGAGUCUUAUGUGAUGCUAGGAGUGAAUUUUGGUAGUGAGAAGUUCUUAUUGGUUUCUUGUUGCAGAAUUGAGGGAGCAGAGAUCAAUAAGACCCUUCUGGCACUAAAGGAAUGUAUCCGUGCUCUUGACAAUGAUCAGAUUCAUAUCCCAUUUCAUGGGAGCAAACUCACAGAGGUGCUUCAUGAUUCUUUUAUGGGCAACUCGAGGACUCAUGAUUUCUUGCAUUUCCCCAAAUGCAGGCUCCUUUGAACAUACACUUAAUACCUUGAGAUAUGCUGAUAGGGUUAAAAGCCUCUCCAAGAGUGGUAAUGCUAAAAAGGAUCCAGUCCCAGGUCCCACUGCUGGCAAGAAAUCUUUAUCAACAUCAUUGUUACCUGUUUCUGGGAGGUUAGAGGAUCCUUUUGACCAAAACCAAGAGGUUAAAGUGGCUGAUCCGAGUCGGAGAGUUGUAGAAAAUUUCUCGUAUAAUUCUACUGCUGACUUUGAUAGACACUCUUCCAGCUUCCCAGCAAAUUACCCCUUUAAUGGAAGGGAGGAAAGCAGGGCAACUUCUAGUUCUCUAGAUCGAGAGAUGGUUGAUGUGAAAAAUGGCUUUGGAGGUUCGAUUAGUAAUAAACCAUUUUCAUCCGCUCAAAACUCAUAUGAUAUAGCAGAGGAUGAGAAAGUGCAGAAGGUGUCCCCUCGCAGAAAAGUUUCAAGAGAAGAAAAAUCUGAAAAGCAGAACAAUUGGACUAAGAAAGAUGGCAUAUCUGAUCCGCCCACUGUCAGUUACAAGCAACAACCUAUGUAUGAUUCUAGCUCGAACAAUGUUCGACCAAAACAAUAUGAGCAUGAACCUCGUACAAGUCACGAUGGAGAAAUCAAUGCAAUACUUGAUGAGGUAGGCUUAUUUUCACUCCAAGCUUCUUUUCUGUCAUUUCUUCAUUUUUCUGUAGCCAGUUAUCAUAAGGCAUUUUCUGUAUGUAAUGGUUUUUCUUUUCUUUUUUUGAGUUUGGAACUAUGUUCUUGCUUCACUUGUGUAGGAAGAAAAGGAUCUCAUUUCAGCUCAUAG